UAAACGGCAGAGCCAAUUUACAAAAAAUGUAUAAAAAAAAUGAAAUAUUAUGGUAAACAGUAAAGAUAACCAAUUUUAACCUAAAAUAACAAAUAACAAAAGAUAAUAAAAAUGACAACAAUGACAACAAUAAAAACCAACAAAAUUAAAUUAGUAACAAUAAUAAAUAAUUAAUAAGUUAUAGGAACUUAGUACUUUACUUCAGUUAUUGAAUUAUGUAUGCUUCUUUUAAAUACACGAAGACUGUCCACAAAUGGAUCAAGAUGGAUGGUAAUGUUGGCAGAUGAUUUGAAAUUCUGGAGAGUUAUUGAUAGCCUAAAAGACCAAGCUCUGUUGCAAGAUGACUUAGACAGAUUACAUAAUUGGUGCAAUCAGAACAAACUUCACUUGAAUAUAAAAAAAUGUUGUUUUAUAAGUUUUUCUCGUAAAGUCAAUAGAAUCGAAACAAGUUAUACUAUUAACAAUAUGCCAUUGAAUUAUGUUUCUUCUAUUCGGGAUUUGGGUGUUAUUUUCGAUGAGAAACUUACUUUCUGUGACCACAUAAACACUAUUUCAAUAAAGGCAUCUAAACUUCUUGGUUUUGUUACUAGGAAUUGCAAGUACCUCUCCAUUAAUUCAACAAGGUUAGUGUAUUGUUGUUUAGUUAGAUCUAUUUUAGAAUACUGCUUAGUUGUUUGGUCACCCUAUUUUCAGAAUAGUAUUGAUACAUUGGAAAGAGUCCAGCAUAGAUUUUUGAGAUAUUGCGCUUACCAUGUUCACACUGCCAUUAGAAAUCAUGAUUAUUCCUAUAUUGAACAACAAUUAUCUUUACCCCCACUUAAGAACCGUCGUGAUAUAUCAGGUGCUAUAUUUAUUAUACAUGGAUUUAUUGAUUGUCCAAACCUGUUAAAUCACAUUAAAUUCAAUGUUCCAAAACAAGCUCUACGUUACCACCAGGUUUUCAACAUUCCUUUCCACAGAACAACAUAUGGCAUUCAUAACCCAUUGGAUAGAUACAUGGGGCUAUUAAAUGAAUUUGAUUAUGAUAUUUUCAAUUUAACUUUAUCUCGGUUCAAAAGAUCUCUUGCUUUGUGAUAUAUAUGUAUGGUAUUGUUGAUUUUUGUUCUAAUUAUAUUUUGUAUAUUUUUAGUAUGUAGUGAACUUUAAAUGUAACUUUUGUUAUUGUUUUAACACUAUACGUAAUUUAUGUUUUGAAAACUGAUAUUGUUUGUAAUUUAACUGCCAAUGGGGUAUCCCGUGUUUUAAAUAAGUAAAUAAAUAAAUAAGUGAUGAUUUUCUGAUAUGCCUAUUACAACUAUAUCGUCCAUAUAUAGGAAUGCUUUUUCGGGUGUCAAUCCU